AUGGAUCAACACACGAUGCCUCUCCCUCGGGACCCACGCCAAACCAUUCCCUCCUUUCGUGAGCUCGAGGAGAAGAUCAAAGCGGAUAGGCUUGAGGACCACAGGCAUCAAUUUUUGAAUAACGAUGAUAGCACAGCAGAUGGCUCUUCUGCAUCCCCCAACCUGUAUCCACCUUAUCCAGCUCGAGGAUGGAGAAUCCCUGUUGAUCCUAGCCAUAACGCAUAUCUCAAGGCAGGAUUCACCUCCAAGGGGGUCCUUGGCGAGGGUCCUUACGCUUACCAGGACCCGGCCAUUCCGGAAGCUGGCUGCGCCCCUCGUGCGAUUCGACAAACCACACCCCAGCAAACCCAACAGACACGAAAGCAAAAGGUCGAAGAGGCACUCCAACGCCGCCCACCAGCGCAAAACAAUCGAGCCCGUCUACAAAAGAUUGGAGUGCAAUUCUCCGAUGUAGCAGCCCAUACAGCCAAAUGUGAUGAAUGCAACAGACGCAACCAAAACGGCAUGUCACGCUGCAAGCAAUGCGGUUGGCAAAUUUGCAACAAAUGCAAAAACGAACGCUCUGGAGACCAGUCGCACACUUCCUUUGGAUCGAUCCAUGUCCCCGAGGUUGGAGGCAAUGUGCCUUUAGAUGGCGCUCAAGAUUCACGACCGUCGAUUGGGAGCCUGGAGAAGAUGGCCGCGCAGGUUUUGUUGGACCUUGCAUCUGGAGGGGGCCAGGGGCUACAUAAGCGACUGGACAUGACGUUGAGUACCUCCCAUCACCAGGAAUUUCAGCAACGGGCCGAUACUCCGUCGACUAGCUCUGAUGUGACUGUGUCCAUAGCUGGUGAUGAUGGAUGGCCGAGUGAUGAAUCUGGCUUCACUAUCGACGAUGAUGGUUUGCUGAUGGGUUAUUUCAUUGCCCGGCGCAAUCCCGCCCGUGCUGCGAGGCCUUCGGCGAAGAUGACCGAGUGA